GUUCUGCAAUUUCCAAAAUGGCUGCCUACGUCGUUUUGUUUCCUUGCCGAGCAAACAUCGGGAGUCUUCCAGAAAUUAUCGUUGAGUGACUUUGAAACAAUUUAACAAGUCCCAAACAUGCCUUGGUACUUUCCGUGGCCGGAUUACAUUAAGAAGAAGGCUUGCAGGUAUCUUCUGCAGCACUAUGUGGGGAGUUUUCAGGAGGAAAAACUGACACUCGAUCAGCUGAGUGUCGACUUAUACAGCGGGACAGGCACAGUCAAAGAUGUCAAACUUGAUGUUUGGGCCUUGAAUGAGCUGCUGGAGAGCGUGGCCGCUCCUGUCGAGAUGCGGGACGGCACGGUGGGCAGUAUCUCGGUGGAGAUUCCCUGGUCAGCUCUCCUGACAGCCAACAGCAAGGUGGAGAUCAAGGGACUUAAGCUGACCUUCCAGCCCAAGUACCGGCUCAACACUGAGGCCAGCGGGAGUGCCACCAGCAGCAUGAUGGACUCCAUGUGGACCAGCAUGAGCAUGACCAGCUCCAUGCAGCUGGCCCAGGAAUGCCUCAAGCGGGACAGCUCCGAGACCGACCCCGAUCUGGCCUCUCCCUCCUCUUCCUCGUCGUCUUCCUCUUCCCAGCCAUUUGAAGGACCCGAGCUCCUGGCCCAGAUGAUCGAAUCAGUGCUGACCCGUGUGGAAAUGACUCUGAUUGACACCAUCAUCAGGCUUGAGCAUGUGCCCCAGGGAUGCCAGUCGGGAAUUGCACUGGAACUCCACAUAGAGAGGUUACGAUUCUUUGAUGAGGGGGCACACUCUGGCCCUCAGGACCAGGGCAGUAGUGUGGACGCCUCCCGGGUGCCCCACUUCCAGCCGGCAGCCGUCGCCCACAAGAACUUCCAGAUGAUGGGAGUAACGGUACACUGUGAGGAGUUUCCCGAGGACCAGCGGCACACGGUGGUCAGGGCGCCCUCUGUGGACGUGCAUCGGCGCGACCCGCCAGAUGCGUUCCCCUCGCUGGCCCACUCGCCAGAGAUGCCGCCCCAGCACACCCAGAUUGACCAGGGUGGGGAUGGGGCCGGAGAGGACUUGAGGGUGGGGGGAGGCAGCGGGAGAGGAGGAGGCUUGGAGCUCCUGGGGAGUUGCAUCGUGGGAGAAUGCGCUGGCAAACAGGAGGUCAAGGUCAGGGUCAAACAACACGAGCACAUCGCUGGACCCAAGGCUGAGGUGGAGACUUACCUUGGCUCCAUCAAUCUCUUCCUGUCACCCAGGCAAGUCCAUCUGCUGCUGGAGCUCUUCAGUGGCUUUCUGUCACCCGCAACGUCAGAUGUCACCAGCACCCGUGGCAGUCAACCCAACAAGCCCAUGCAGCCGGAAGACUUCCAGCGAAUUGAGAGCGAGCUGCAGGAGCAGCUGAGCAGAGACCGGCUACAGCGGCAGGAGGAGAGGCUAAGGCGAGAAUCCUGGGGGCUGAAGGAGGAUGAGGAGGAGCAGGGAUGCGGGGAUAUGUUUACCAUGCAGUCGCUCAUGGAUGACGAUGACCUGUUCUUCUCCAUGACGGGCAGCCUGAUGUCCAUGUCCCACACUGGCACCUUGGAUGACAUGGAAACUUCUUUCACUAGCACCGUGAGCAGCAGCUCAACUGACACGUCCAGGACAGGCAGUAGCCUCCCCAGAGUGGUUUACGGCAAUACCAUUUACAGAGGUCCCAGCCUGACAUCAUUUGGCACUCCAGUACCUAAAACCACCCAGCCAAAGAGAUCAAGAUCAAAGAAAGGACUAAGAGAGCAACUAGACGACCCCACAGCUGAGCUGACCCGCUACAAGCUUCGCUUCAGCAGCCUGUCCCUCACCGUCCUCCACAACGACCCCGCCCGCACGCCCCUCAACAACACGAGCCCCGCGGGCGGCAGCCGGACCGCCCAGGGGGCGGACAGGGGCAGGGCGAGUGGCCAGGACGCUCUGCAGGAGAGGUCGGAGGACUUCUUCAGGGUCCUGGGCAAGCAGGGGUACGGCAAGAAGGACCAGGGAGAGUGGAAGGAGAGAUUUGCCAGAGCCUGCCCGUAUGACCAUUUGAGAUUAACAGCAGCCCCUGUGACACUAGACUGUGACCGUAAGAGUGCCCCCAACGUGACUGCCGUGACAGCUGACCUGUCGUUCGGCUUGCUGGAGCUGUACGAAUGUCUGUUUGACAGGCCCAGGAACAGCUCCUCAGGGAGUUUUGGCCACGGCCGCUUUGCCGAUGACCUGCCGUCUUGCCAACACAUUGAGGUAUUGUCAUUCAAAGAAGAAGACAGUGUGGCAAAUGAAUACGUCGCUGUGAAGCCCUCGCUAGGAAUUAGGCUGAAGAGUAUACAGAGGUCAAGCAGCCAGGGAAGCCAGCGCCGAAUCAUCCAUAAGCCCAAGUCGGAGGUCAGUGUGGACCUUGGCCAUCUCUCCUGUGAGUUUGACGUGACCAUAGUGGACCGUUUGUACACCCUAUUACACCCCCAGUCAGUUGGGCUGGCCAAGGCAUCCGUGGGGAACGGCGCCUACCGUUCUCUGUAUGGAGGGGUCGUCAACUUGAACAAGCAAGCUGUCUUCAACCAGGCUCUGGAGGACACACCGUCCGGCCUGGAUCAAUUCCUAGACAUACGCGUCUCUUGCCCAGUGGCACAUGUGGCAUUCAGAUUUCCUAUUCCCGAUCUGAGGGAACUGAGCGACUGCGUCUGGUGGAAGCGAUCCCUGCGGGAGGAGAUUCUCCACCUGGAACUCCAGGAGAUGGAAUUCAGAACGAUGCUUGGCGAUGGGAAGCCUUACCAAACACUGCUGCUGCAGUGCCGAGAGUUGCAGAGCUCGCUUCAAAUUGGCCCACUGGAAUCCCCCAUUUCCUUCCUUCGCGUCAAGGAUGGCAACGGCGACAUCAACUCAACAGACAGAGACUUUGACUGGCCAAAAUUGGUGGUGAAGCUGUAUCCCGAGAGUGAGAAGUCGGUCUUUGAGGACGUGGGAGACAGGAGUGCAUCCCCGCCAGUAAAUUCCUGGGAGGGGGCGUGUCACUUUGAGAAGCCGGAGGUGUCACCGUUCUCCUCUAAAUGGGUCAUGUACGACAGCGAAAAGAUGGUGAUGCCGGGAGACCAAGAAGAGAUGAGAGAAUUCAGCGAGAAGGCCAUCGGCAGCGCUCGCAUCGUCGUCGACCUCGUUGCACCCAGCGUCAAUAUCUUGCUGCCCAGUAAGGACUUUGUGGAGCUCCUGUACAACAGGUUUGGCUAUGAUGUGCUACUGUGGCAGCCGGCGGCCCCCACCCCUCGGGACUGUAAUGACGGCUACCCAUCGGUGGGGCUGCCCAGGCUAGACCUGGCUGGCCACCUAGCUGGCAUGAGCAUGCAGGAGCGUUUUACCAUGUGUCAGUCCGGCCUGUAUGUAGACUCGGACUCAGACCCGGAGGAGGACAGCAGUGGGUUCUACACGACGCUCAGGCAGAAGUCCGCUCAUCAAGUCCAGAGCGGCAACUCACAGAGUUUCCUGGCCCUCAACCUCACCAUCAACCACGGAAAACUCACCAUGUGUACUCCAUUAAAGGAGAGCCCCUUCCACGGAGACACCAUGCUGGAGAUUGAAGAUGGCUCGCUGUUCACAGUGACUGACUACAAGGGAUGUGCCAACCUGAGUUACCUGUGCCUACAGGCCAAUAGAAUUGCCUUAUACCAUAAUGGUCGAGUAGACUCGCCCUUACAGACUGGGCCCCUUCCACAUGCCACCUGGGCCCCACCUGAUCAUCUCCAGUGCUGCAUCUACCUGUCGGACGGCGGAGUCCCCAGCAAACUUGGAGGGAGUGUCGGCAAUGGGGCCGGCAGUUCCAACAUGGUCGCCCUAGCCAUGAAAAUGUUCUUCAACACAGAGACCAAUAUCAAAAAUAUUGAAUGUGCCGUUGGCGUCAGAGGGGCUACAUUACGACACUACAUGUCCAAGCCUGAACAUAGCUGGCUAGUCCAGCUGAGUGAUUUCUUUGAUGUUGUUGAUGAGGAGGUCUUGGGCUACGAUAUGCCGUCCGUCGUCACCGAGUUCCACGCCCACUUCUGGGGGUGCGGGAUUGACUACAGACCUCUGAACCUCCCUUUGAGAACCUACGUGAUGGCUGAGACCCUAAGCAUAUCCAGCAACUUGGUCUACGAGGCCAAAGAGUCGCUACUUAGAUUCCUCGUGGAUGAUGCUGCAGUCUUCCUAUCUGAUCGGUGCAAUGAGCGUUCAGUCGAUAUUAGAAAUAAUUACGUCUGUGUCCUGGAUCUUGGCAUGUUAGAAGUUGCUCUCAGAAUGAGCACCGUAAAAGAUAAGAAUCCCAAGAUUGACCUCAAGGUGUCCAAUAACAUCGUGCACCUGCGCACCUGUGCAGACUCCUGCACGGCAUUAGCCAGACUCAUCCUGUAUCUUGCCAGCGACGGAGACCACUCCCCACCGCAACACUCUCCGGCACAGCAGCAAUGGGGCGACCACCAGAAGCUGCCUACAGAACAGACAGAUGUGGAUGAUGAGGAACCAUUUGUGAUAAAUGGCCAGCCAGUGUCGGACAGUCCGAUUGGUCGUGGCAAUCACCUGGAUCAGAUGCAGCAGUUGAUGGACGAGGCCAUGAGGGACGUGAGGUCGGGCAUGUCACCACCACCUGGAGAAGGGUCCCCCAUCAACAUCGCCUGCACCCUCAAACGAGACGGAGACCUGUUUCUCUUCCCCAAUGAGGACCAGGCCAACGAAGAGGAUGCAGUGCUGGAGGCCAGCCCGCAUCACCACCGCUCGCUAAAUGGCCUACCCCAGCCUGUCUCUGGACACUUUGAGAUGACUGCCGAGGAUGAGGCAGAAGAUGGCUUCUUUAACGAUGAGGAGUUCUGUGUGCUGGAUGACCCGGGCAUGGGUGUACUGCGCACUCAAGGUGAGCCGGAGGUCCAGUGCCUGGAAGACACCCCAAUAGCCAUCCAAGAGGACCACUUUGCACGGCCCCUGGGCCGAGGGGACCAACUCAACGCGCCCGCCCACUUCCCCACGGCCGUCAUGAAGUACACCCUGCAGGAGAUGACUGUGGUCUGGCACAUCUAUGGCGGCAACGACUUUGGGCCGGCAUCGCCGAGGAAACUCUCCGUGCCUGAUGUUCCAAGCUCAAGUCCAGCAAGACCAAGUACUCCAGACAGGUCCAGGACCAUGCCAUCUAACACUAGCAGUCCAGCAUCCAGGAAGACCAAAGAACGACAGCAGCAGCUGAGCUGGUACGAGCGAGGGGGACCGGGCAGAGACCACUCCACCUUGAUGGAACUACAGAUGAACAAGGUGCGAUUUCAGCACUCCCAGUACCCGGACGAGGCCCAACAGCGAUCCCGCCAGAUCCUGCUGAUCAGCGACAUCGAGGUGCGGGAUCGGCUGGCCAACUCGCAGAUCAACAAGUUCAUGUACCUGUACUCGUCGGAGGCCAGGCCCAGGAGAACCCACGCCAACAUGGUGUUGGUGAAAGCUCUACACAUCCGUCCAGACCCCAACCUAGCAGCUGAGGAAUGCUGCCUACGCAUCUCUCUCCAACCGCUCAGGCUGAAUGUAGACCAGGAUUCCUUGUUUUUCCUCCAUGACUUCUUCAACAAAGUGUCCGCAGAUGCUGGCAGGGUGCCUAUACCAGAAACUAAAGAACACCUACAUCACUAUGCAACAAGUCCCACCAAAGCCCACACCACAUCCGUGGCCACGCCCGUGGACACGCCCAUCUCUAGACCCCAGAGCCUGUCCCCGGCCUCCAUUGAGCAUUGGCUGGCCGACGGGAUGGAAGAAGAGGAUGAGGACCUGUACGAUGGGCGGGGCUUUGAAGGCAACUCACUGGGCGGGUCAGACCAAACGGAUCCUGAACAUGAGCCAUUGUCAGAGGCCCACAAUGCACCCAGCUUGGUAGCCACUGAGACAAACGCACAAGGUGCUGGGGCACCAAUCUUCUUUAGGUCAUUUGUGUUUUCUCCCGACGUUCCAAUUAAGCUGGACUACGAGGGCAAGAGAGUUGACAUGGAACAGGGAACCUUAAUGGGUCUGCUCAUGGGCUUAGGCCAGCUCAACCAUUCGGAACUAACACUGAAAAGGCUGCACAACAGACAUGGGCUCCUCGGUAUCGACAAGUUGAUACUCUACGCCAUCAACGAGUGGGCCAACGACAUCAAGAAGACACAGCUGCCUAGUCUGCUUGGAGGCGUGGGGCCAAUGCACUCACUGGUCCAGCUGGUGCAAGGCAUGGUGGACUUGGUGCGUCUGCCGGUGGAGCAGUACAGGAAGGACGGCCGCUUGAUGCGUGGCUUCCAGCGGGGGGCCAGCUCUUUCGGGACGUCCACCGCCAUGGCCGCGGUGGAGCUAACCAACCGGAUGGUCAGGCUACUCCAGGCGGCAGCCGAGACUGCCUAUGACAUGGUCUCUCCCGGCCCCAGCGUGUCCAGCCGCGCCAUCACCUACGGACCGUUCGGCCAGUCAAGGCUGGCGCGCCAACCCGCCGACUUCAGGGAGGGCAUGGCCAACGCGUUCAACGUGGUCAGAGAGGGCCUGGAGGACGCGGCCCUGGCUAUGGUGCAAGCAGCCCGGGAGGAGCACCAGCACAAGGGCGUGUCUGGGGCGGUGGGCGGCAUCCUGCGGCAGAUCCCGCCCACCGUCAUCAAGCCCCUCAUCCUGGCCUCCGAGGCCACCUCCAGCGUGCUGGGCGGCGUGCGCAACCAGAUGCGGCCUGACGCCCGCAAGGAGGACUCGGAGAAGUGGCGGUCUGAGAGGAACAAGUGAGGGUGUGGGUGAAGGAGCCCACUGAAGGGGGUGGAGCGAGAUGGACACACCACACGCACACACAUUUUUAAUCGCAGCAUCCAGUGUGGACAUUCAUUUGUUUUCAUGUGGUUACGAAAAGUCUUUGAAAAUAUCUGUUUUCUUUGUAACAUGAACACCGUUUCCAGCUGGAUUUUUGUUGAUAAUUUCCUGGAGUGUAUUCCUCAUCCUAUUGCUGCAAAUACCUCAACCCCAAAAUGCCUCUAAACCUCUUUUUCACAGAAGGGGAGAUGUGCGAACCUGGGCCAGGAAUGAGAUUGGUCAGGAUUUUUCCUGAUUUUAGAGUUUUUCAUCGGGAGUUUCUUGAGUUUGAGAUUUUUCAAACUAUCUAUUUCAAAACCUGGCAAAUCUUGGCUCACCAUUGAAAUAUUGUUAUGGUAUAAAAAUUUGUAGAAAACACCAGAAACAUGGAUUUUGGGCAACUACAAGUGUAUACCAUAGAUCCCACACCCCUGUAGGGCACUUGAAACCUCCAGUGACUGUAAUAUUUCCUGGAUAUUUCAUUUUCCUCCAAUUUCACCCCUGCUUGGCAAGUCCACACAACGUCUUCACUGACUGCGUCGUGUAGACAUUUUUUGCUCCCAUGUCCUUGCAAGGAAUUGGCAGACAGAGUGUGUAGGGAGAUACAGGAUAGGGAUCUGAAAGCUAUUAAAAGUAAUGGUCAAGCUAUAAAAGAUGUAACUCAAACGACAGGCUUGCAACAAUUCCACUGUCCUACAAUACAAUCCCUAAGUCUCGUUACAUUAUGCAUCAUGCUGUGUAUUGCCAAUUCAGGUGUACACAGUGUCCGUUGGUUUUUGACACAUACAUGCAUUCACCGCCUUUGUUUGAAAAUUAAUGUUCAGUGCAUGUUACCAAACCAAGUGUUUAUUAAACAUUGUAAAUCUUGGAUCUUGUAAAUGUUGGAGUUGAUCUUUAACCAUGACAGGACAGGAGAAAGUUGAAAAGGACUACAUGAAAAGGACUGUAAACAAGAAUAACACCUAGAUACACUCAUUGGAUUGACAUGAGGGGGAGCAUUUUGUCUGCAAAAAAAAUUUAGGCAAAGACAGAUGUUGUUACAUAUAAAACAGGAAGUAAAACUGUAAAGUGAUGAUUUUCCAAGUAAAAUUAUACUUGUUUGUUCAAUGGAGGGUCUUCAAACGUGCGCCUAGUUUGAGCUGUUAGUGAGGUCCUUGUUAAUAGUUGAGUUGGGGACUGAUAUCACCUCGGAUCAUGUUGACCAAAAUGUUGAUGGAGAUUGUGCGUCUGGCUUUGAACUCCGUUCUAGAAUAUCUCCCAUAAAAAAAAAAUCUUUUAAAAAUACCUCAUGCAAUUUGACUGUAGAUCCUAAUUGCAUUGUGUACAUAUAAAUUUUGUUUGUGUUUUCUGCUUUUCUUAUUUUGUUAAAGACUGCUUUGUUUAAAGACUGACUUCUUUGCCAAAUUGAGCUCGUUAACUGAUAGUUUUAACUGUGAAAUAUUGAUUGAAGGAGGUGCAAUAGCUAGAAUAACUGAUGGAAGAAACAGGAAUGUUGGAGAUUUGUAAAUAGAAAUCAAAUGUUCAUCUGUACAUGGUAUCUGACUCGGCGGUAAGAAGUGAAGUGGACUUUUAAGAGCAAUGGAAAAGAAUUACUUGGCUGUGGCCUGAACUUAUGCACCAGUCUAUGGUAGUGGUCACAGGGUUCCCAUAGAGUCGUGUGUAAUUCCAAGCCAUAACCAAGUACUUCAGGUGUGGCGUAAUACUAUACUCAUUUUUGGGGGGGGGGACUAGUGGAUAACAUGACUGGUUUUCCAUUUUUGCCGGGAUGGGAGUGAACCAUAAUCUUUUAAAGUCCUGAUCGGUGUCACGAUGCUUGAACUUGACAACAGUGACCGUUCGGGAUUGCAGGAAAACCCAAAGUCCUUGAGCCAGGUGCAGUGAUUUUUGCGGCAUCACCAUGACUGUGAUUGAAGCAGACGUUUGCCAUGUGAUUAACAAAUACCCAGCAGCACACAAGAUAUCUACCGCAGAAACAUUUUGGUGGUUUUAAGUACUGAACUUUUUCUCUGUCUCAGGUUCCAUCCUCUGAAAUCAAUCCCCAAAUCAAAAUCAAAUUAAACAGAAAUACUUCAGUAGUUGACGCUGUCACACAUAAUUUAAUGCUGCAAUGGCACUAUCUGACUCAUUGAGCUUUUUGUUGAAUCACAGAGGUAGGAAAAGACAGGGGGUAACAAACCAGGCAAAGCCUGAGACGGAGAUGGAAGCUGAGUGUUGGAAAACCCCCAGUGUGCUGUUCGCUGUAUCUUUGCUGUCAAGUAUGUGAACAGGUGUUGUAUGUCUUUCCAUUUUGUAAAGCCGACUUGUGUUAUCAAUCCUGUCAGUGUCUUUUAUGCUCAAAAGUAUUUCAGCAAUGCAAGUUUAAUGUGCCAUUAUCCACCAAACAUUUGCAAACGUGUAUAUCUGAGCACUCCCUUUUUAUUGUACUCAUGCUUGUAUAAUCUUUUUUACAGCGUAAUCGUUUAUUUAAUGAUAAUUAUUUAGUCAGAAGUGAGAAUAUGAUUUCUGUGUAAUUGUACAUAUACAGAAUAGUUGGCUCAAGAUGUAUAUUGCCAAAUUAUUUGUUGAAAUGAUGAGUAGUGUUAUGGUCAAAGCCAGAUGAGUGUUCUUUACAGUCAACUUUCGUUACAAGAAGGUUGCCGGGACCAGGUGAAUAACCUUGUUAUAUUCAGGACCUUGUUAUGAAGGGAUUGAACAAACGAUGGAAAACAGAAGAACUCCACAGAUUGGGGACCCUCAGAAGACGUGGCUCUGGAAGUUGUUACAACAGUGCUCUUUAUAUUGAGAGAUGGCUAAAUAUUACAUCAAAUAACAAAAGCAGUUCCAUCCUGUUCCAUUUUUCUGCUGCGUAAACAUCAGCCAGUCCAAUACGAGGUCAGCUUUUGGAGUGGCAAAUCCAGCAAGGGGGCGGGGAACAAGAUGUACUACACACAGUGACGUGUUGCCCCCCCCCUUUUUUUCAUCUUUAAGAAUCGAAAUCAAUAAGGCUUCAGAAAUGGUUUUGUUACCUUUCUUUGGAAUGGAUUUUAUACAGAUGAAACAAAUCGGAACAAUUGUUUUCAGACAAAAAUCUCCAUUUGCCCCCAAGGGCAAAAAAUUUGGGUAUGCCAGUAAUUUGGAGUCGGAGAUAAAAUGCUUGAAACCGGUAGUGGAUGAUGAUCUCAAGGCAAUUACGAUGGGACGUAGCUAAAGUGCAAAAAAGAAGGCCCAGUUGUUUUAAAGUCCAAUAAGUUCCAAAUAUUGACCAUGGUAAGGACCCUGAAGAGUUGACCAGAGUCCAGAAUCAAGUCUUGGCUUGGACGAAAGGUACAGUUCAGUUUGGACUCUUUCUGGGUAGGGACUGCCUUGGACUCAGGUCUACGUCUUGCAAGUACAUUAUGUCCUUUAGCCAUGGGUGGACUAGUGUAUGUAUAUGUGAUCUCAAAAACCUAACACUAACAAGUGUGCAUUCACUUAUACAGUACAUUUAAUACCAAAUGGUAACGAUUUGCCUGAAAGUACAUCCAAAGUUAACUUUAUUGAUAUCAGUUUAAUUUUUUUUUAAUGAAGUAUUUUGAAAGAGGUCAAGGAGUGAGAUGGACAUUGUAUUCUCAUCAAGCAUUGUAUCAAGUGCAAAAUCCAGUAUGCACUCGGUGACAAACCUUCCUGUGGUGGACUUCCGCGUAGUUUAAAGGGCUGGAUGCAUAUAAUGUACUAGGAUGGGAUUGAAGUCGGGAAACACUUCGUUCACAUGUACCUGUUGUCUCAGUCUCUGAAAGAGACUGGCUGCCCUGUCCUAAGCACUGCACCUUUCCCUCACCUUUUCCAUGCAUCCUUCCUCAACAGUCAUUUUCUUGUAUCGACAAAGUUUAACAACCCGAAACGUUUUUGGCAGGCAUAUUGUUGAGUGUAGACUAUUUCAUCAGCUUUUGUAUCGGUUGCAAAAAAAACAUAUUUGCAUUUUGUUUUUCCUUAACUUUAGGGCAAUUUCUUUGUCGGAAUUCUAUCGUCGUCACACUAUAUUGAGCCAUGACUAAGCUGUAUCGUAUUAUAUCCCAAAUGGAACCAAGGUGACUAUUAAAAGAAAAACUCAGUUUUACCCUGCAGACCUUGAGAAAGGAGUACAUUUAUUGGCAGAUGAGAUUUGAGAGUUGGUGUGACCUUUUCCUCUUUCAAAAACUUUGUUUCAUCGCCCACAUGAGAUACCAUGGGCACAAAGUGGACGUAUUCUGGUCACAAUAUCAAGAUUCCUACAGCCUGUAGUCUUUUUGUGCAUGUCUGAUGGUGGGCAAUUGUUUUUAGAUGUUGAAAUCUGUACUUAGAAGGGGAAUGCAUCCCAUGUCUUUGCCGGCAGAGUUCAAUAUGUAGGCCAUUUCCUUCUCUUGUGGGGAUUACCCAAGGGGUGUCAAGAUUGUGGCCCCCCUCCCCUCACACACUUUUUGGCCAUUUGAUCAUCCUAUUUUUGUGGAAAGAACCCCGAAACAAUCGAAAAUGUGAGUUGUCUUUUUACACUCCAAGAGUUGGCAUGUAUUAAAAAGACUACAAUAUAGGGAACUAACGACACAUUCUGGUUAUCCCCAUUCCCCCUCACAUGUAAGCAUGGAUUUACACCACUGGAAAUUGGCUAGUUGGUUGCAAAUUAAGAAUUGGCCUUCUAAUCUUUCCCCAAUGGAAAUAAAAAAUUGAUACAUGUACCUGCAAGUU